CGAUUACAAUGUUUUAUUUACUUGUAUUUGUAUGUUGAUCUCCAAGCAAUAAGGCGCGCUUUCGGCAGGAGUUGAUGCUCCAACAAGUUGAGGAAGACGUUCCGUAGACACCGUCUACAUCUCGACACGGACACGCGGCACGAUUUGUGCGUUUCCUUCUCCGUCGCAGGAAAGGAGACUGCACACUGCAGACUCGACACGCCGCCGGCAACGAUGAUAUACGUGGCCCUGUUCGCGUUUCCGUUUUCGCUUCUUUUUCCUGUCGUUCCUUGAACCGCGAUUGCAGCGCAGCAAGACCAGUCGAUCCUGAUUCUAUAUAAUAAACCCUACCCCGAACGAAGAUGUACCAUCUCAUACGAUCACUAUACCUCUACGCGACAAGCAAACCAGAAUACUCCAUCAUCCUGCUCGGACUAGACAACGCCGGCAAAACGACGCUCCUUUCGCAGAUCAAAGCACUGUACAACACCGCGGCGGACCCAUCAGCAGGCCAGACGGGCGACGCACCGCCAUCCGAGACCGCUGGCAACACAGUACCGACAGUGGGACAGAAUGUAGCCACGAUCGACUUGCCGGACAUGUACCUGAAGAUCUGGGACGUUGGGGGCCAAAUGAGCCUGCGCCGACUAUGGACCAGCUACUACAAGAGUGCGCAUGCGGUGGUGUUUGUGCUAGACAGUACCGACUUGGGCAAUGGGGAGUUGGACGAUACGCCCAGAACGCCAGGGUGGCAUUGGCAUGGGCGGAAAAAGAGCUACGUGGGUGGAAAUAACAGACCGGAAGAUGAUGCGAAAGAUGCUACAACGAAUGCUGAUAACAAUCUUGAGCCGCCAGAGACACCCUGGACGCCAAUGUCGCCUGGAUCCAUUUUCUUCCCGGGCCAGAAUCAGCAGGGUCGUUUGGACGAGUGUCGCGCCGUGCUGGAAAGUCUGUUGGAGAAUCAGGAUACGGCUGGGAUUCCUAUCUUGGUACUGGCGAACAAACAGGACCGCGAGGAUUGUUUGGAAGUUGUGAGGAUCAAGGAAGGCUUUGUCCGCAAAGUGUUCGAAGGUGAAAAGGGCGGAAUGGUCCGAGAUAGCCGUGUUCUACCUGUGAGCGCGCUGCGAGGGACGGGGGUCAAAGAGGCGGUGGAGUGGGUUAAGAGUCGGGUUGUCUGGAAUAAAGAGAGUCGACCACCGGUUAUGAGAUGAUUACAUGGGGCACAAAGUCUGGAUUGCCAGUUCCUUCUUGACAUCCUCUUACAAAACCCCAUUCGGACCGACUGAAACGUGCCCGUCCCCGCCCUGAGCUGGUUUCAGCUUGGCCGAACGGAUAUUACACACGGCAUUAUACGAAGACACGACAUUUCUGCUGCACCACAGUUCCAUGAUAGAUCAGCUAUCAUCUCUCAGGCAUCAAGGGCCUCCACUUCGAGAAGUGCAAUGGCGGUAUCCCUUGCGGUCUUCUCGAGAUUAGUCCACUUGAACUGGAAGACUUCUUCGGCCUCAUUGGUCUCGAACCUCGGCAAGGUCAAUGUCGAAUCUUCGUCAUUGUUCUCGCCAAUACGUGAAGACAGAUGCAGUUCUGGAUCAUUGCGCAAAGCAUCGGCAAAUUGGUUGAACAGCAUGGGAUGCCCCACGACGAAACGCUUGUUCGCGGCGCUAGGCGUGGUCAAGGCCGAAAUCUGGAGCUUUGCCAGAUCGCGGACGUCGAUCUGCGGGACCGGACCUUGUCAGCCAUUGAACCCUUCAACUCGAGGGACCAUAUGAGGAAUGGGGCUUUGAGCAGUGCAGUGCAACGGAAUCCAUGUUCUCACUCACAUCUCCAGGAAACAUAGUAUUGGGAACCUUCCCACCCUCUACCUUCGCGCUGUUGAGUAUACUGUGGAAUUGGCGAUUGCUGAAAUUGAUCUUUGCGACACUCGGCACUUUUUGGAACAUUGGGCCGAAGAUCAACGGCGGCAUGAAAUUGGUCACGCUGAACGGCGGCUUUUGUUCGUCGACGAACUUCCAAGUCGCUUGCUCGGCGAGUUUUUUGCCUACACAGUACGAGAUCUGCGCACGGAAUCAACGAGUUAGCUACGGCACAGUAGCUGCGGCUCGCCAACGGACCGUGGGAAGGAUUUGGAACGACUUUGUGUAUGUUCACCAAAGAAGUUGUCUGUGACGGCGGGUGUGUCAAAACUCACAUAGGGAUCUUGCGCCUUGAUGGCGUCCUCUCUUCCCAAUGGCAGCCAGUCUUUAUUGCCAAACGCUCGCUUCUUCACAUCGUCCUGGUCUCCCAGGGUGAUGGCGUUGAUGCUCCCCGUGACGCUGAUGGCUUUGACGUUCUUGCCAUACCUCAAGGCCGAUGUCAGCAGACCCGUGUUGCCAAGAACGCUGGGCUUCUCAAAAUGUUCGACGAAAUCCGUGUUGUGGGGAUCGUCGAGCAAUGGUGCCGCCACAUGCACAAUGUAGUCGAUCUCCGGGUGUUGGUGGAAUACUUCGUCGAACACUCCUGGAACAGUGAAGUCGGCCACGCGAGCCACUGAGAUGUCCUGGAUUGGCCAUUCUGGGUGCUUUGAGACUAAGCCUUCGGCGCUCGAGGGUGUUCGUACGGCUAGGAUGACUUUGUGAUUCUGGGUUAUUAGCUCGUUGACCACGGCUGCACCAACGAAGCCGUUGGCGCCGGUGACGAGUGUGGUGGGCAUUGUAGUACGUGACUCUGGUGAAGGGCUUCGGAUAGACCAGGCAAGAGGCACCAGGUAGCGAGAUGCACAGAGUCAACAACAAUGUACAAGAUACAAUACUAUCUGGACAAAGUUUACUGACCUCCCAUCACUGGAGGACGUCCCUGUGGUUUAUGUAGUAGAUUGCUUCAUUCCGCUGAGACCAGGCACUGGCAUUGAAGUGCUUCAAGCCCCGCCGGCCUGCAGCAUUACUCAGCAUUUUCCUGGUCUGCUUAUAAACACAUGCCUUGGGAC